AUGGCUAAGGACAUCGAGCAACUGAUGAUCGCUCAAGUGAAAAAUCAACCACAGGUGGGAUGUGACAUCUGUGGAUUGGGACACCCGUCUCAUGAGUGCCAAACAUUCACCGCAAAAGAAGAAGUUAAGCAGCAAAAUCCUAGAGCACCAGUGCAAGGACCUCCUAGCUUCCAAACUCAACAGAGGCAAUCAUACCAAACUCCACAGCCUAACAACUCAAGUUUAGAAGAUCUAAUGAAGGCAUUUAUAAAUAAAUCCGAUAAAAAACUUGAGACUCAAGGGACCACUAUCCGGGAGCAAGGCACAGCCAUCCAUAAUCUAGAAAGACAAAUGGGGCAGCUUGCAGCAUUGUUGUUAGAAAAGGCGCCGUGGACUUUGCCGGCGGACACUGAAAAGAAUCCAAAAGAGACAAUCAAAGCCGUGUUUCUCAGGAGUGGGAAAACAUUAGCAGAGCCCAAGAAAAUUGGUGAAUCUCUGCCUAAGGAGGAUGUUAGCAGCAAGGAGGUUGAUAAGCAGAAAGUGAGCAGCGAAGUUGAGGCAAGCAAGAACAUGCCAUUGUUACCAUUUCGUCAAAAGAUGAAGCGGGAGAAACUAGACAAAUGCUUUGGGAAAUUCUUGGAGAUGGUGAAACAGUUGUAUGUGGACAUUCCGUUCACGGAGGUGCUCACACUGAUGCCACCCUAUGCAAAGUUCCUGGAGGAAAUCCUUUCAAGCACAAGGAAGCUCGAGGAAAUGAAAUUGGUCAAACUCAAUGCCCACUGUAGUGCCAUUCUACAGAACAAAUUUCCUAAUAAGUGUGGGGAUCCUGGCAGUUUCACUAUACCUUGCUCGUUGGGUAGCAAAAAUUUUGACAAAGCAUUGUGCGAUUCAGGUGCAUCCAUUAACUUGAUGGCAUAG